AAAAAUAAAAAAUAAAAAAAAACGUAUACUCUCUCUAAACAUCCAGUUCCAGUUUUGUCUGCCUAUCUGAAAUUCAAGAAUCUGAAGAUAUAUGAACAACCUGACAAUGGCCAACGAGAUUAUUCUACAAAUUGAUAUUGAACUUGAACCUAUGCUCAACAUAAGCACAGUAACUUUUUCAAGAGCCCAGAAAAGAUGGCGUCUCGCUUACCAUUCAAUUAGCUUCUCAAACACACUGAGAUCCUAUACUGAACUUCCCAAGAAGUAUUCAUCCAUUACUGAGAUAUUAGCAGCAGUAGCUUCACAUACAGCUCCUGAAACUAGUCCAAAUGCUACCAAUAUUGAUGCUAAUGUGGAAGAAUUGUGGGGUGUUGACCAGAGUGCCCUCGCCGAAUUGAUGAAAAACAAAGACUUGGAUAUGCUUAGAAAGUUUAAUGGCGUCGAAGGCUUGGCUAAAUCUCUUCACACCACUCUUGAACAUGGAAUAAAUGGGCAAGAUAUAGAAAGAAGGAAAACUGCAUUUGGUUCCAAUGUUUGCUCCAAGCCAACACCAAAACCAUUUUGGUCUUUUGUGGUGGGGGCUUUCGGAGACCCCACAAUUGUCAUACUGCUUAUUGCUGCUGCCUUUUCUUCCGACAUAAAUGUGGCAGAAGAAAGAUGGGGCGAGGGCCUUAAAAUCUUAGUCUCCCUCGGCAUGGCUCUUGUUGUGUCUUCUGUAACCAGCUUCUUUCAAGAGAGACAGUUUGAUAGUUUGCCCAAAAGGAGCAACAAUGCAAAGAUAGAUGCUAUAAGAGAAGGGAGGAGGCAAAAAGUACUCGUUUCUGAUGUGGUGGUCGGGGAUAUCGUAUGUCUUAGUGUUGGGGAUCAGAUUCCCGCCAACGGGUUGAUCAUCAAUGGCCAUUCUUUGCUUAUUAAUGUAUCGAGAAUGACAGGAGAGACCAAAUACAUACACGAUGGCGGCACCGAUACUGCCUUCUUAUAUUCUGGUUCAAAAGUGGCUGACGGGAACGCUCGAAUGCUUGUGAUAUCGGUGGGGGUGGACACUGCUUCCGCCAGUGAUUCCAAUGAGACAACACAGUUACAAUCUCGUAUCGGGAAGCUCAUGGAUUUAAUUCGGAAGGUUGGCUUGAUAGUUUCUACCCUCGUGCUUGUAAUUAUGUUGAUCCUGCGUUUCACAGGAUAUACAAGACAUAAGAAUGGAAAGUGGGAUUGCCAGCAGAAACACACAGAUAUAUUGGACAAACUUAACUCUUUCACACGUAUGUGGAUUGCAACUGCACAAGACAUACGACUAGCUGUUACUCUCACACUUGCUUACUGUAGAAAGAGAUUGAUGGGCAAUCACGUUAUGGUCAGGAAGUUAUCAGCCUGCGAGACCAUGGGUUCAGCCACUGUCAUAUGCACCGGUAAAACAGGGACUUUGACCAUGAAUAAAAUGCAAGUUGGGAAAUUUUGGGUUGGCCUUGUCCAUAUCAAAGAUGAUUCUUUAAUAAGAACAAUAAAUGCAAAAGUUCUUGAGCUUUACCAUCAAGGAGUCGGUUUAAAUACCACUGGUAUUGAUUACAAUUCAGAAACCGCACUUGAAUAUUCUGGAAAUCCAACGGAAAAGGCAAUUCUAUCAUGGGCAGUGACGAAACUGGCCAUGGAUACAGAGAAACUGAAUCAAGAUUAUACCAUUCUCGAUGUUGAGACUUUCAAUUCUGAGAAGAAAAGAAGCAUGGUUUCCAUUAGAAACAACAAAGACAAUAUUGUACAUGUUCACUGGAAAGGAGCUGCUGAGAUGGUUCUAGCGAUGUGUUCAAAUUAUUAUGAUAGAAACGGUGUUAUAAAGUCCAUAGAUCCUGAGAAAAAGAUACGAUUUGAAAAAAUAAUACGAAGUAUGGCAGAGAGUUCACUCAGGUGCAUCGCUUUUGCUCAUAAGAAGAAAGAUAAUACAGGGAACGAAGAAGAGUUGAUAUUGUUAGGCAUUGUUGGGAUCAGAGAUCAAUGUAGACUAGGGGCAAAGAAAGCUAUUGAGAAUUGUCGUUCGGCUGGGGUGGAUAUUAAGAUGAUAACCGGAGACAAUGUUUUCACAGCAAAAGCCAUUGCCACAUAUUGUGGAAUACUUAAACCUGGUCAACCGGUAACGGGUGAUGGAAGAAAAGUAAUAACAGGUGAGGAGUUUCGUAGUUUCACAGAGGAUCAGAGAAUGGAGAAAGUUGACAGUAUACGAGUAAUGGCAAGAUCAACACCCUUGGAUAAGCUUAUGAUGGUGGAGUGCUUGAGAAAGAAAGGUCACGUGGUUGCAGUCACAGGCCAUGAUACAGAUGAUGCACAUGCUCUGAAAGAAGCAGACAUUGGACUUUCCAUGGGGAUUCAGGGUACUGAGGUGGUCAAGGAGAGCUCGGACAUUGUCAUCUUAAAUGAUGAUUUUGGUUCUAUCGUAGAGGCAUUGAGAUGGGGGCGGCGUGCAUACAAGAACAUCCGGAAGUUUGUUAAACAUCAACUUACCGUAACUAUUGCAGCUCUUGCCAUCAACUCCAUUGCAACUGCUUGUGCUACUGAUGCUCCUCUAACGGUAGUCCAACUUUUGUGGGUCAACAUCCUCAUGGAUAGUUUAGGCGCUAUAGCACUUGCAACAGAGUGCCCUGCUAAAGAACUCAAGCAUAAUCUACCCAUGGAUAGAGGUGCACCCAUUUUAACAAAUGACAUGUGCAGAAACAUACUGGCACAGGCUCUGUAUCAGAUAGUCUUGUUGUCGACGUUCCAGUUCAAAGGUAGAUCAAUCUUCAAUGUAAAUGAGAAAGUGAAGAACACUAUGAUCUUCAAUACUUUCGUUCUCUGCCAAGUGUUCAAUAUAUUCAACUCAAGAAAACCAGAUAAUAGAAAUGUGUUCAAAGGUGUUUACAAGAACUACAUAUUUCUCGGUGUUAUUGGGAUUACUAUCAUUAUUCAGGUUGUGAUAGUGGAGUGCCUAAAUAAUUUUGCAGACACAGAAAAAUUGAAUAGAAAGCAGUGGAAAAUUUGUAUAAUCUCUGCAGCCUUAUCGUUGCCUAUCGGGUUCGUUGCAAAGUUUAUACCAGUACCAAAUACACCACUUGCAAGCCAUAAACAUAGGUGGAUUUAGUACAGGUAUGGACAGAACACUGCACUUUUUUACUUUAAGUUGCUCUUCAUUGUUCCAAAUUGUAAUGUAAUGGGCAAAGUAGUAACCCAAAGUUGGUUUACCAAGUUAGGGUUUUUGCUACCCUAUGUUACUAAGUGUAAAACUAUGUAUUUAUAGUACUAUUUAAUUUAAUUACACUUUUUAGUAUCUUGUAAACUGACUUAUAGUAUGCAAUAUGUUU